AUGGCUUCGUCAGAGCAGUAUUCACAAGCCUAUCUGAAUGAGUCUAAACAAUCGCUCAUUGUCGGUGUCUGUGUAUUCUUCAUCUCGAUUGACACUCUUGCCGUUGCGUUGCGGUUUCUGUCCAAGUAUAUUGGUCGUUUGCGUCUUGGAUGGGAUGAUGUUUUCAUAGUCUUGGGUCUGAUGAUCUGUAUUGCCGAUGCAUCGUGUACAAUCGCCGACGUUCGAUAUGGCGGGAUUGGUCUUCACGAGGCACGAGUCAUGCAGAUUGACCCGAACAUGAUGAUAACCUGGGGCAAGUUCAUCAUCAUCAUUCCAAUCGUCUACUUUUCCACCGUCGUCCCUCCAAAACUGGUCAUCCUCCAUCUCUACUUGAGUAUCUUUACGGAUAAGAGACUUCGAUACGCCUGUUGGGUGAUCGUGGCUAUUACCAUCAUGAAUUGGAUUGCCGUUACCAUUGCUGGCUUCCUCUCGUGUAUCCCGUUUGACUACUACUGGACUGGGGUGGGACACUGCAUCGACACCAACUCAUAUCUUCGCUGGGGUGGCUUUGCCAACAUCCUCACUGAUCUCGUCAUGCUGAUCCUCCCCAUGCCGAUGGUUUGGAAUCUGCAUGCCUCUCUACGUUUGAAAAUGGGCAUCCUCUUCACCUUCCUGUUGGGAAGUUUAGGUUUAAUCGCCUCCAUCGUCCGCUUCAUCGAGUUCUACAUCACCGACGCCCAAGGCGACCGCACCUGGGCCGCCAGCACCCUCGUCAUCUGGGCCGUCAUCGAAGGCGGCAUCUACAUGAUCGCCGCGUGCCUGCCCACCUACCGUCCCCUCAUGAAAUCCAUCUCCCGCCGCGUCCGCCAAAAGGGAAGUCAGGACGCAAGUACCAGCGGGCAGGGGUAUUCGGGGUUCUCGGGCUCAGGGAGGAGUGAUGUACGUGUGCCGCGGGAUUUGAAGCAUUUCUCAGCCAGGUUUCAGCGUGUCGGAGAUUCGAUUGAUGAGGAGGAGGAUGCUGUGAGAUUGGUAGAUAUCGGGCAUGGGCAUGGGCGGGAGAAUAAGGCUGCGCCGGGGACGAUUGUUGUUGAUCAGCAGUUUUCUGUGCAUUGA